AUGGACGAAAAUCUUGAAAAACCCACAAAAAACUUUACGAUGCUUGCACCUCCACCCAAUAUUACAGGGAAUUUACAUAUUGGGCAUGCUUUGACACUUAGCAUCCAGGAUGCAAUUGCGAGAUGGUAUCGAAUGUCUGGUCAUCGUGUAUCAUGGAUACCCGGAACGGAUCAUGCUGGUAUUGGAACACAAUCAGUUGUUGAACGACAACUUUAUAAGAAAAAAAAUCUUACUCGACAUGAUCUUGGUCGCGAAAAUUUUAUCAAUGAAGUGUGGAAAUGGCGCGAACUUCAUGGAAAUCGAAUAAUCGAGCAAAUGGUAAAAUAUCUUAAUUUUAAUUAUAAUUUAGGAUCUGAUGAUAAUUAUGCAAAGGUAGAUUAUGAAACUGUACCAAAACAAACAUUCUUGAAGAUUCCUGGUCAUCAAGAAAGCGGAAUUUUAGAAUUAGUCGUAGCAACAACCAGAAUUGAAACAAUGUUAGGAGAUUGUGCUGUGGCGAUACAUCCUGAUGAUACACGUUAUGAAUUUAAUAUUUGUUUUUUGUGCGCAGGAAAUAUUCAAGAUUGGUGUAUUUCAAGACAAUUAUGGUGGGGACACCCAGUUCCAGCAUAUAAUUUAACUUAUGAAGGGCAAAAAUCUGAUGAAGGAUUAUGGUUUGCUGCAACUUCACUGUUUGAAGCCGAACAAUUUGCCAAGAAAUAUUUUCAACAAAACAACAGUCCUUCACAAACAAAUUACACCCUGAAACAAGUUCGAGAUGCGCAAGGACGUAAGAUGUCAAAAUCACUUGGAAAUGUAAUAGAUCCAUUAAAUGUAAUUGAAGGAGUCACAUUAGAAGAAAUGCAUCAAACAAUACUUAAUAUAUCUUGCAGUUCAUUUAUAGAAUCUAGAAAUCAUUUAACAUUAGUAGAUAAAUAUAUUUUAUCAAGAUUAUCUGAUACCGUAGCAAAGUGUCAAGUGGGAUUUGAAAAGUUUGAAUUAUUUGAAGUUACAAAGGUUGUAAAGGAUUUCAUAGUUGAAGAUUUAUGUGGGAUUUAUUUAGAAUUUAUCAAACCUACCUUGUAUGAAAAUUCAGAACAUAUCGACACAAAGAAAACGACUUUAAAAGUAUUAGAAACUUGUCUAGAUACGUCACUUAGAUUAUUACACCCUUUUAUGCCAUUUCUAACAGAGCUAUGGCAGAGUCUUGUUGAAAGAUGUGAUAAUAGUAUAAAUUUAGGAACCCCAGAAUCGAUAAUGGUGACAAAGUAUCCGAAAGUUGCAGAUUUUGAGAAUCAGAAAGAUCCUACUGUUGAAGAUGAUAUGAAGCCGUUACCGUUUAUCAUAUGGUCUGAUGAUCAAGAUUUAUUAGAUGAACAAGGAUCAAUUAAGAAAUAUUUUCAAGAUAUAAAAAAGUUUAUUAAAGCUUCCGAAAUUCGAGUGAUUGAUGACAAGCUUCAAAAAGAAUCUCUGGAGACUCUGAUAACGGAUUCGGCAGUAACUUUGAUUUCUACAAAUCUAAAAGUUUACGUUCCAAUGAGUUCAAUUUUGGAAAUUCAAAAAAACACUGAUGUAAAUAAUUACAAGGAUAAAUCAAAAACUUCAAGCAAUGGCCCACCUGGUACUUUCAGAACUGAAAACUUGUCAAGACUAACUAAAAAAUAUGAGAAAAUUAAAAAUGAAAUUGAAAUUUUGCAAGGAAGAAUCACUAAAGUUGAAUAUUUGAAAAAGGUUCCUGAAAAAGUUAAGGAGAAUGAUAG